UAUAUAUCCCUAUAUCAUUAUAUACAUGUACAUAUAAUAUAUAUAUAUAUAUAUAUAUAUAUAUAUAUACACACUCCGGCGGUGGAGUAGUUAGUGCGGUGGUCACCGGAGGGUCCAAUUACAGACCUAACCCAAUAAUCAAAGUGUCGCAUCAUCAACUCCAAAACUCACUCAAGUUACAUUCCCUUUUGACUUUCUUUCUUCAAGAUCUCAAAGCAGAAGAAUCAGACCACCAAGAAGACGAUGAAAUCGGUGAAAGGUAAUCAAGAAGAAGAGGAAGAAGAGGACGAUGAAGAGUUCAUCACCAAAAAAGACGCCCCUUCUUCCAAUCACAACAGAGACGGGAAGAACAAUGAGAAGGCUAGUGCAAUAAGAUCAAAACAUUCGGUGACAGAACAGCGCAGAAGGAGCAAGAUCAAUGAGAGAUUUCAGAUAUUGAGAGAUCUAAUACCCCAUAGUGAUCAAAAGAGAGAUACAGCAUCAUUUCUAUUGGAGGUGAUUGAUUAUGUCCAUUUCUUACAAGAAAAGGUACAGAAGUAUGAGGGAUCAUACCAAGGGUGGAGCCCAGAACCCACAAAGUUGAUGCCAUGGAGAAACAAUCAUUGGCGUGUUCAGAGUUUUGUUGGUCAUCCUCAAGCCAUAAAGAAUGGUUCUGGUCUAGGUUCAACAUUUACCGGGAGGUUUGAUGAGAAUAACAUGACUAUCGGCUCAGCCAUGCACACAGAUGCACAGAAUCCAAUCGAAUUAAACUCUAACAGGGAUGCCUCCUGCAAAGCAAUGGAUCAGCAAUCUGGCAUGGCAAACAAGGCAAUAGCGAUGCCUAUGCCAUUGCAGGCAAGUAUAUCCACUUCUGUCCAAGGUGAUGGCAUACUCGCCCAUCCUCUUCAGAGACCAGUCUCUGAUGCACAAUUAACUGAGUGCCCCACCACUAGUGAUGCACUGAAUCAACAGGAGGAACUGAUGAUUGAAGGGGGCACAAUUAACAUCUCUAGCGUUUACUCUCAAGGGUUAUUGAAUUCUCUGACACAAGCACUGCAGAGUUCGGGUUUGGACCUGUCACAAGCCACUAUCUCAGUGCAGAUUGGUCUUGGAAAGCAAGCUAGUAGACAAAUGACCUCUGGGAUAUCCAUUGCUAAGGAUCAUGAGAAUCCUCAUUCUACACAUCAGCCAGUGGGACAUUUCAGGGAUAAUGGUGAGGAUUCCAAUCAAGCUCAGAAGAGGGUGAAGAUAUCAAACUACUGAUGCAGAGUCCUUAUUGUGGCAGAAAGAAGUUUUGUUAAGUAAGAAAUCUUCCACAUUAUGUAAUGUUCUGUGGUAACCUACGGAAAAAGAGAUGUGAAAACGUUUCCAACUUCCUGAAACAGCUCAUCCCGCCUGAAGAGAAGCAAACUUAUCAUCGUUUUUAUAACUUUCUGCACUUGAAAUCUAUGCUGUCGUCUGGUCCAAUAUGUGGAAGGGACUGGAUGGCUAAAAUUUUCUGCAUCUUCUACAUCCGGGCUUGACUUCCUUUUGGUUCUUGUGGAUUUUCUGGCUCAAAAAUUACAGUCCCAAUGUAAUAUUUGUCGAAUGACCUGUACAAGUUUGUAUUCUUUCAGCAUCUCUUCGGUAUGGUUCCUUCUGAAUGACGAUAGAUUUGAAGACAAUUGUUUGUUUGCAUGGUAUUCGAUAUGCACUUCAAGCUUCCUCGCUCAUAAAAGAUUGUAGUCGGAAAGGAGGACUGACACACAAAUAUAACCUCUCGCUAUGAGGUUCGAAUGACAUUGAUGUUCAGUGUCAAACCAUUGAACCAGACAAUAGUCCUCAAAGAUGAGCCUUUUCGUAGCAGAAUAGUUUUGGAAAGUAUGCUCUAAGAGGAAUAAAGAUUUUCGAGCCCCCAAUCCCUGUACAUUGAACCUCUUGCAUAAUCCUGUAGAAGUACAUAUCAGGGUACUAUUUCAUUGCUACAGAUUUGAAUGUAAACAAACGAGGAAUUGACUCUACUGCAUGCAUAUUAUUGCUAAAA